UACAAACAAAAGUUUUAAUACAGUUUAUAGAUUUAUAUUCAUUCAGUUGCUGAUAACAAGAAAUUUCAAAGCUUCAGCAUACUAUCCAUCUCAGUAGGUAACCGCAUUCAAAACAAUUGAGGUCUCUCACAGUGAACGAACGCUGGCUGCUGUUAUCAAUAAUUUUCGAUUUAACGAAUCGAAUUGUUUUAUUUUGAAUAAUAAAAACUCAAUUAAAUAAUGUCAAUUUUAAGCGAUUUUUCACGUAAUUUGACUGUUACAUUACUACUGUUCGGUAUAUUCCAUUUCUCUAAAACUGACUUUCUGAAGACUACAUCCACAACAAUUAAGCCACCAGUUCGAGCGCCGGGCUUAUCUUUGCCGCUGCCAAAUAGUCAUCCACCGAAAUGUACUAGAGAAGUGCCUGCAAUAUUUUCUCAGUACGAAAAAGACGUACCAAUUGUCGGGAAUAGUACUACGAAUUCGUUUCUCAAUGUUAUUGAGGUGUGUUGUAGGGGCUUCAAGCGCUAUGAAUACGAUUGGAGCAUGUGCGUACCGGAUUGUGGCAAUAUGUGUUUGCAGAACGGAUUUUGUAUUGAUGGUGGCAAAUGCAUGUGUUUCGAUGAAUUUGUGCACAAUUAUCGAAAUAUUUGUGUUCCUACUUGUCCAUUGGGUUGUCCACACGGACAAUGUUAUUUAAAUGGUACAUGUGUUUGCAAUGAAGGCUUUAUACUAGAUCCUUCGAAAAAGUUUUGUCAGCCAGAGUGUGAUCCUAUUUGUGGACACAAUGAAAUCUGUAUCGAACCUAAUAAAUGCAUUUGCGCAGACGGUUAUGCAAAAUCAAUACGACCAGAUUCAACCAUGGGGUGUCAGCCGGUGUGCAUACCUGAUUGCGGAUUUGGACACUGUAUUGCUCCUAAUGAAUGCAAAUGUUUUGAUCGUUAUGAGAAGCGUAUGAAUGGUACCGCUUGUGAAAGCCCUUGUUAUAUGCGCUGUGAGCAUGGCUUUUGUGUGAACCAAACAACUUGUAUAUGUCAAAAUGGCUAUAAAUAUGAUUAUAAUACCACGUCUUGUUUGCCUGAUUGUGACGACAACUGUGAAAAUGGAAUAUGUAUAUCACCGGGAGUAUGCCGCUGUUUCAAUGGAUAUGAACAUAAUGGAAUAAAGUGUUCAGCCAUAUGCGAAAACACCAACUGCGGAUACUAUGGUAAAUGUAUUGCUCCAGAUAUCUGUGGAUGUAACAUAAUCGAAGGACGAUUUAAAUCCUACCAACGUUGUGAAGAAGGAUUUUGCAAUGCAAAAGGUCGAUGUCGUUGUAAAGAGGGCAGAACACGUUUUAUCAAUCAGUGCGUUUCAACUGACAAAGUUACCACAUAUGCUUCUAUGAAUCCAUAUAAGAUGAAUGAAGCACUAAUUAACGAAUUCAAUUUAUUAAUUGGGCAACAUUUUAUGUUCAGAAAUGAGCAACCCAACUAUUUUUAUGGAUAACUCAUUUAAUUCAAAUUAUUAUUUUUUUUAUCACGUAUUUUUUAAAGUAUCAAAAAAACCUUAACUGUUUAGUAGACUUCAAAGGAUAAUACUUACAAAUUAAACGAAAUUCAAAGAAUGUUGAGUAGUUUAAUAUGGUUAAAUAAUCACUAGAAGCUUAAGGUUUUUUUUAUAGUCUAUAUAUAAGAAAAAAUAAACUAUAAAGAAUCUAUUAUGUAAAGUGUAAUAUGAUAUAAUAUGCUUUUUAAAAACAGUGCUUGCAUUGCAGGAACAGAAAACAGAAGGUAUUUUGCUAGGUGAUAUGUUCUUAUAGAUUUUUAUAAAAAACAAAAUUACCACAUUGUCAUUGAAGCACAUAUUUUGUAUCAAGCUGCACAAUGCAGCUUUAGCAUAUAGUAAUUUUACCAUAUUAUCAUAUUAGCAUAUUCUUGUGAAUACUAUAAUCAUAUUUCACCAAAAAAAAGAGUUCUGGAUACGUGUUUUAUUCAG